ACUGGUACGAGAGCAGCCAAAAGGGGGGAAAAAAGGAAGAAAGAAAACGAAUAUUAGGUUUUUUGGAAGUUUUCUGUAUUUAGGACUACGUUAUCUUGACGAAUGACAAACUGUACAACUGAGUAAAAACGACAAGUAAAUUGAAAACGUGGAGAGUCUUUUUAAAUGCCGACGUGAAAUAGUCGUCUAUCUCUGCACAAGCAGCAGUUCACAAACUGUGCUGUACUACAGGAGAGACCUACAGCCAUGGCGGGCAAGGGCCGUGGAGUGGGUGCCUUUACCUUCAACAUUGAAGCCUUGGGCAUCGGACGGGGCAGCAUGCCAGAAGCCAGGGUGGGGCCCAGUCCUCUGUUUCCAAAUACUGAAUUUAAACCAGUUCCACUGAAAACUGGUGAAGACGAGGACUACAUGUUGGCCCUGAAGCAGGAAUUGAGAGGAGCGAUGCAGAGACGGCCACACAACAUUAAAGCUCCGACCAACAAAGCAGACGUGGAGAAAUACACUGAACGGUACCUGAAGCAGAAACAUAUUGAUGAUGAGGAAUGGACUCCAGACUGGAAUUUGUUUCCAAAAGAACUGAAGCCCCGGACUAAAAAGCUAAGGGCUAAAAUGGAGACAAAGAAAAAAACGGUGACGAUAUCACGCAAAGACGCAGCAGAAGUUUUGAAUAAAUUAGACGAACUGGCUAAAAAGGAUGACGGUGAUCCUGAAAAGUCAGACGAUGAGACUGAGAAGAAAGCAGAAAAUGAGGAGGAUGAAGAAAUUGAAGCAGAAGAAUACGAAGAAGAUAUUGAGGAGGAAAACGAUUACAUCGAAAGCUACUUUGACAACGGAGAAGAUUUUGCUGCCGACAGUGAUGAGAAUAUGGAUGGUGAAGCAACGUACUGAAACAAAGUGACUUUAAAAUUUGAACAAGUUUGCAGUGUGCAUCAUGUUUUUUUUAAUGUAGCAAUUUAAUGAGUAAUAAUUUAAUGUAGCAGAUUGGUGCUUCGCUUUAUUUUGUGUAAAUUAGAAACGAUUGUUAGAAAAUGCUGUAAAUAGAAGUGUCCCAAUAAUGACAGAAUGAAGAGUAAUGUAUUGAAAAUAGUUUAAUUUAUUUUUCAUCCUGCAGCACAUUUCCACAGGUUAAAAGGCACAUUCUGUCAAUAUCUCUGUGAUGCUUUGUGAUAAAUUAUCAAGUGAACACUGUGACCAAAUAAAAGGGCUAUAUAACAA